AUGCCAGAGUUACUCUCUCGUAUCCAUCCUCGUCAGUCUGGCCUCGCUCGAGCUUACAGAACACCUCGGCAACGAGCAAAACGACUCCGUCUAGAAAAGGACAGAAGGCCUCCUCCGUUCGUGCGGCAAAUCAACGAAGAGGAGGCGGCGGCGGCGAUGGAUGUGUGCUCAGAAAAAGCCUUGGAAGGAGGAUUACCAUACGAAAUACCACUGGACGACCAUCACCAUCACCGUCACCGUCACCUGGACAGAGCAACACUAUGUCUACCCCAGUACCGCACUGACGCUAUCCUACAUGCCGGCGAUGAAGGCUUUCAAGCUUUACUGCAGCAAUACUUCUCCUCCUCAGCCGAGAGCAAUGCAUCUGAACGACUGGUGGACCUCAAGGCCAAGCUAAGAGGCGCAUCCACGCACGACUUCUGGAGGAUCUUGAUGGAGGAGAUGUGUGAUGUCACUGGCUCACAGUGCGGCUUCGUUGCUAAGCGGAUGCUCGUAGAUGAUCAGGACAGCGCUGUGAAGAUGCCUCCGCUAGGCGAAGAAGGCUCGUCUCUAAUAGGGGUAGCAUGCUACGUGAAUGAUGGUGCCGGUGUGAAAGAGUUGCAUCGAGAGUACAGAUACAAUGCUUACGGGUCCCCGUGUGCUCACAUGAGACACGACAAGGUCUUCAUCGUUCCGGAGAGGCUGGCCGAGCUCUCUCCCAACAAUCCACACAAAUUCCCGUGGAAGCGGUCAGAGGCUUACAUCGCGCUCCCGCUCUUCUUCGAAGGCAAGUGCUUUGCCCAUUUCGGCAUGAUCUGGUCUUUGGAAGGCUCCACGAAGCGGACGUUGAGUUGGUCGUUCAUCGAGAUGUUUAUGCACUCCCUGGAGGACAUGAUAGUGCAGCGGAUCUUGGAGGGAAGAGGGCUUGUCAAAGAAAUGGCACCACCUAAAUCAACACCCACCAAGACCACACCGCUUGCUGCAUUAAUGGCUUCACAAUCGCUGAAGCCAUACGCCCGAAGCCUGUCGCACGAAUUGAGAACGCCAAUGCAAGGCGUGGUUGGUAUGCUCGAUAUCAUGUACUCGACUAUUCUGGAUUCCAUCACCAACCAGCAGAGCGAGCAAGUACGUUCUGUUUUUAGCGACCUGAAGAACCACAUUGAGAUCGUUCAAGAGAGUUCUAGAAGAGCUAUAGAGGCUGCCGAUAAUGUUGUGCAUGCAUACGACCUCAACAUGCAAAUGCCCGAGACUCCUUUGACGCCGACUGAUGAGCAGUCAUUCCACGGAAUAGCAGUCCCAGAAACGCCCCUACCGCAUAGACGGUGGCCAAGCGCAGGUUCGCUGCCUUCAUUAGCCGGAACGAAGCACGCAAGAACUCAUCCGAUUUUCGAUAUUGAACCUCCUCCUAUGAAGAAGAGACCUUCCGCGACAAAGGCCGAAACACCGCAUUCAUAUAGCUCCGACGAUUGCAACUAUCUUUCCAAUGGAAAGACAGGGAGUGGAGCCUCUGGUCCUGCGAUAACUUCAUCGACAGCGGAUCCUUCAUCCACAGACAUCCUUUCCAAGGCACGGUUCGACUCGAAGCAUAUUGCAUCCGCUGUUACAAGCUCUACUCACCGCCGUAUCGAGACCCGGCAUUUCAUGCGAGGCCUGGUGAACGAGGCUCUAUGGCACGGCCGACCUAUAAGCGAGACUCGUGAAGAAACCGAACUGGGCGAACGGAUCCACGUCAGAUCUAUCGGUUCCCGGGGCGAGGUGCAGGACAGGGUCAUACAAUUAGAGAUUUCGGCCGAUGUCCCUCAGGUGAUCAUCACUGAAGAGCAGCAUCUCCAGUUCGCAAUUCAAAAACUCGUGGAUAAUGCCAUCAAGUUCACAGAGCAUGGUACCAUCACGAUCACGGUCAGCCUUUCUACAAUGUCCGAAGGGGUUGAGAUUUCCGUGCGGGAUAACGGGUGUGGUAUUUCUGAAGAAUCCAAAUCGAAUCUCUUCAAGCCUCACUUUCAGGAAGACGCUUCCAUGAGCAGGUCACGGGAUGGUCUAGGCCUGAGUCUCUUCAAUGCUAAGGCGCACGUGCGGAGGAAUCUAGGAGGCGACGUCACGUUGGAAAGGUCUUGCACUCAUGGCCCGAUGAAGGGGUCCGAGUUCCUUAUCCGAUUGCCUCUAUCAGCACUGGAAAAGGGCAAGUCGGACACGCCUAUAGUCGGAACAUCACCGCUUUCGGGCUAUCAAACGCCCAGACCGUCGCCACUGCUCGGACCUAUGAUGGAAUCCAGACUCACGUCGACACCUUGUAAGGGCAUACGUCAUCCUUGGGCCAAGUCCGCUCCUCGCAAACGCGCUGUCUUCAAUCCCAAGCUUGCAAGCGACUAUCCGUUGAGAUUCCUGAUUGCCGAAGACAAUGCGAUCAAUCGGAAAGUGGCUAUCGGAUCCCUCGGUAAGCUUGGCUAUGAUAGGUCCAACAUCACACUGGCGUUCGAUGGCCUGGAGGCAGUCAAACAAUACAAAGCGUCACUUAGCAGGCCCCCGGCAGAGAGAUUUAACGCGAUUUUGAUGGACAUUUGGAUGCCCAACCUGGAUGGCUACGAAGCGACGGCGGAAAUCAUGAAGUUGGCGGGAUCGCAUGGCGAACCGAUAUCCAUCAUCGCUGUGACGGCGGACAUCACAGAGGCCUCGGUUGAUCGAGCAAAAGCGAGCGGGAUGCAUGGGUUCCUGGCGAAGCCAUACAAGGUGUUGGAUCUCGAACAGUUGAUCAUUGAGCACUUCGGCUAG